ACGCAAACAACCGCGUCCACGCAUGGAGAGUGGGAACAAACAGAGCCGAGUGGCGCGGGAUUCUUUGAGAAUUGAUUGGGAAUGAGAAUCUGUACUCCAACCAGUCUCCAGAUCCGAGUCAAAGGAUCAUAUUAGUAAAAGCACCUCCAAGAAUCUUUAGACAACUGUGAUCAACGAAAUUAUCGUCGCAUAAUAGAAUAUAAUUGUUCAUCCACAUACAUAACCAAUUCUCCAAUGGAUCUACUUAAGUAGCAGCAGAAGAGGCUCUUCCUCAGUUCUUGGCGACUUCUCUGAAGGAAAGAAAGAGAGGAAUUCGCUCUUCGUCUUGUCCCCUGUAUCAGUCUCUGAGGUGCUUGAAGGCCCCCUCCUGAACUCUUGGUUGUCAAUCAAAGAAGGCCUCAAGAUGUUCCUCAUAGAGGACAAAGGCGGCGCCAUUGCGAUCAUGCUGGCCUCCCUCCUAUUCUUGGGCACCUGGCCUGCAGUCCUCACCCUCCUGGAGCGCCGGGGCCGGCUGCCGCAGCACACAUACCUCGACUACUCGAUCACCAACCUCCUCGCCGCGGUCCUCAUCGCGCUUACAUUCGGUCAGCUGGGGGAGAGCAAGCACGACAUGCCUAAUUUCUUCACUCAGCUCAGUCAGGACAACUGGCCUUCAGUGCUGUUUGCAAUGGCAGGAGGUGUAGUUCUCAGCGUUGGGAACCUCUCUACCCAGUAUGCUUGGGCAUAUGUGGGUCUCUCGGUGACUGAGGUCAUCAGCUCUAGCAUGGUUGUUGUGAUAGGCACAACGCUGAAUUACUUCCUGGACAACCGCAUCAACAGAGCAGAGAUUCUUUUCCCUGGAGUGGCAUGCUUCCUUGUUGCUGUCAUUCUUGGUUCAGCUGUCCAUGCCUCCAAUGCAACUGAUAAUGAAGAAAAACUAAGUGGAUCUACAAAUGCCUACAAACUUGGGACAAAUGGAAGCGCGGAACCAAACAAAGAAGCCCUAGACAAAGAUGCCCCCAAGGACUUGGAAAAUGGAGCUUCUGCAGCUAAUUAUCAGGCCAAAGCUGAAGCAGGAACUGCAGAAUACCUUAUCGAGCUCGAAGAGCAGCGCUCAAUUAAGGUAUUCGGAUCGAGCACCUUCAUAGGGCUUGGGAUAGUGUUCUUCUCAGGCGUCUGCUUCUCACUCUUCUCCCCGGCGUUCAACCUAGCCACCAACGACCAGUGGCACACCCUGAAAGACGGUGUGCCGCACCUGGUGGUGUACACCGCCUUCUUCUACUUCUCCAUAUCGUGUUUCGUUGUCGGCAUUGGCUUGAACAUCUUGUUCCUCUACCGUCCAAUGGCCGGCGUGCCAAAGUCGUCCUUCAAAGCCUACCUGAAUGACUGGAAAGGCAGGCAUUGGGCUCUACUGGCCGGCUUCCUCUGCGGAUUUGGGAAUGGCUUCCAGUUCAUGGGUGGCCAGGCUGCUGGUUAUGCUGCUGCUGAUGCUGUUCAGGCAUUGCCACUUGUGAGCACAUUCUGGGGCAUACUGCUGUUCGGGGAGUACCGGAAGUCGUCACGGAAAACAUACAUUCUACUCGGAUUCAUGCUGUUCAUGUUCAUCGCCGCGGUUGCUGUGCUCAUGGCUUCAUCAGGUCACAGGAGCACAAAGUGAUCACCCAACGUUUUCCAAAUGUUCAUCUUCUUGUGUUUGCAAGUGCAAACCACUCAUGCAGUCAGAAGGCAAAGAAAUCCAAGCAGGAAGGCAAUGGCCCCUGCUUCAGCCUUCAGCAAGAUCAUGCUACAGCAAGAAGUGAACUCCAUUCUUGAAAUUUCCAAUGGAAUGAGUUUGUAGUGAUGUGAUUCUAAUAUAGCUUGUUGAACUAUAGAAUAUAGUUUGUUAUUUUAUAUUCUUUCCAAACAACAUUUGCAGGUAGUAUAGAAACUGGAAUUUUCCAAGAAUGCUAAAUCAGGAUUUUUUUUUAUUUCUUUCGCAAGAAAAGAUCAUUUUGGUUUGAUACGAAA